AUGACAUAUGAUUCAGUUUCAGGUGUCUGUGCCACUUGUCAUGUACAUGCCACCUGUCAGCAGAGAGAUGGGAAGGAGAUCUGUAUCUGCAAUUAUGGAUUUGUGGGCAAUGGGAGAACCCAAUGUCAUGAUAAAGAUGAGUGUCAAUUUGGAGCUACUGUGGUCUGUGGGGAUAAGACAUCCUGCCAUAAUACACUUGGAGGCUUUUAUUGCAUUUGUCUGGAAGGGUAUCGAGCAACAAACAACAAGGAGACAUUCAUUCCCAACGAUGGCACUUUUUGUACAGACUUGGAUGAAUGUGAAGUACCAGACACCUGUGGGCCUGGGGGACAGUGUGUGAACACUCCUGGAAGCUAUGAGUGUUAUUGCAAGGAUGGCUACCUUCCCCCAAAUGGGACCCAACCAUUCUACCCUAUGAGAGAUGGUACAUCAUGCACAGAAAUAGACUGUGGGACACCUCCGGAGAUUCCAAACGGCUACAUCAUCGGACAAUACACCUCUAGGCUGGGCGGCCAAGUUCAUUAUGCUUGUAAAGAAGGAUUUUACAGUGACCAGGAAGAGAGCAUGACGAGUUGUACUGUUGCUGGCACCUGGGAGACCCCAAAGAUACAUUGUCAAGCUGUGGACUGCGGGGUUCUGCCUUCAUUCCCAAAUGCUUAUCCAGCUCUUCUGAACACCACCACAUAUGGAAGUCUAGUUGGGUACAAAUGCUGGAAGGGGUACGUGCCAGAGACCAGCAACCCUGUUGUUUUUUGCAAUGCCCAAGGACAAUGGGAAGGUCCAUCUCCCAUGUGCAGAGAGAUAGAGUGUGGCAGCCCACCAGUGAUCCAGCAUGCCAUCCUUGUGGGGAACCACAGUUCUAACCUGGGAAGUGUGGUCUACUAUACUUGUAUGGAUGGCUUUGAGAGCACCGGAGGGGACCGUACCUCACUUUGCACAGCAGACGGUACCUGGAAGAAAAGCACCUUACGUUGUACAGAAAAAAAGGCAUCGAUUACAAAUGAAUCUGUGUUUAAUAAUACCUGUGUGAAGUGGAGAGUGAGUCCAGAAAGAGAGGACUUGAAGAUGGUCUAUCUGAUACACAUUCGAGGACAGCAACGAGAUGGGACAGAAUUUGUCCAUGAGGACUUAUUUAACCUUACCACAAGCAGUCAGGAGCCUGAGGUCUGCCCACAUCUCCAUCAGGGCACCAACUAUACUGUGACCAUUAGGAUUACCUCUCCUAGGCCCUCUGUUCCUGUAACUGUCAGGAUCCAAACAGCUGAUGAUGAUGGAUCCUUUGAUGUUUCAGUAUUCAAUGAAACCUGUUUGAAAUGGAAGAGGAAUCCUAGAGACACCACAGAAGAACAAAUGUACCAGUUUCAAGUCCUGGGACAAAGAUGGUAUCAGAGUAAUUUUUAUCAUGAGCUAUCAUUUAACCUGACUACGAGAGAAAGAUUUCCAGAGGUGUGUUUAGAUCUGUAUCCAAGAACUUAUUACACAGUAAAUAUCACCACUGUGGCAUUUCCCAAAUACUCGGCCCACAUCAUCAUAGCAACAAGAUCAGUAAAUCAGAUCAUCAGUAACGUUUCAGUUCUUAAUGAAACCUGCUUGAGGUGGAAGAGAAAUGUGAAGAUGGCUGAUUUAGAGGAGAUGUAUUUAUUCCACAUAUGGGGCCACCGAGGGUAUCAGAAGGAAUUUAACCAGGAAGUGUCAUUUAACCUGACCACUGGCAGUCAGGCUCCUGAAGUUUGCCUGGAACUGCACCCAGGCACCAACUACACUGUAAACAUUAUGGCUGCUUCCUCUGGACUUCCUGUGCUGGUCUCCCUUACGACCCAGAUAACUGAGCCUCCCAUUCCAGACAUUGAAUUUAUUGCAGUACAAGGAGGUCCUUUACCACCCCUGAGUCUGUGGAAAGCAGACGACAGAAAUGGACCCAUCAGUUCAUAUCAAGUGUUGGUGCUGCCAUUGGCUCUCCAAAGCAAGUUUCUCUGUGAUUCUAUACAAGAUACCACUUUCUUUAGCAAUGACUCGAUUACCAAGGGAUAUGUGGCUGCAGAAAUCCUGGCCAAAGACAUCCCUGAUGUCCGAGAGAUCUCUCUUGGAGACAGACUCUACUAUGGGAAGUUUUACAAUGCACCCUUGAAACCAAGAAAUGAUUACUGCAUUAUUUUGCGAAUCAACAGUGAAUGGAAUCAGGUGAGAAGACAGUCCUGUGUAGUUUGGGCUGAAGUGAAAGAUUCAUCUCUCACUUUGCCACAGAUGAUGGGUGUUGGAUUGGGAUCCGUGGCUGCUGUGGUCAUAUUAGUGCUUCUCUCUUUCUUAGCAGUAUGGUGCUCUCCCCGGAGGCUGUUGGCAGUGAUUACUGCCCGUCUACCCCUAUAA